UUCCCGGAAGUAGAUGAAGGGGAUUUCCCUGAUGAUCAUCCGGUAGGGUCUCACGGAGGAGACUCCUGGAGUGAUAUGUGACAACAGCGUGGGUGCGUCCUUAGAACAAGAUGCCAGGCAAGACAAAGAUGCCUUCAUCACGGGAGGCUAAGGUGUGUGUGUCAUGUUUGCGGACAUCCAGCCAGUCGUAUGCCUGCGCCCGGUGCUAUCUCGUCACAUACUGCUCUCAGCGCUGCUGUGAUCAACACUGGUCCAAACACAAAGAUGACUGCAAGUUUGUCACCUGGCACCGCAGACAUGUCGGGUGGAACUUCUGUCAUUCCUGUUUUGCGCACGCCUGUCCACAUGCCUCGUACAAGCUGAAGAGGUGUGGGGGAUGUUUGAGAGUGAGUUACUGUUCCCGAGAGUGUCAAGACAACGAUUGGCGGUAUCACGCACCCGUCUGUACAAACGACAAGAACCGAGAGAGACCGAAAUACACAAUCAGAUUUGAGGACCUACCACUGGAGCUGCAAGAGCGGGACCUGAGAGACCGCGCCAUCAACGCCAAGGCAGAGGAAGAGAUGGAGAAAUCCAAUGCCAAGAAGAAGGGCAAGAAGAAGCAGAAGUCUGUGACAGAGGAGAACUCUGAAGUUGGGGAGUUGGAGACACAGCUGAUGAGAGACAAGCAGUUCAAACAGCUGUUGCGGCAGAAGGGGGAGGAGGAGAAAAGGAGUCAGCUGCAACGGUUCCAGUGCCAGGUCAGUCCAGACGGAUCCGUCGAGCCAGAAAUAUGGGAGAAGAAAUGGAAGCAGAGUAAGAUAAUCCCCAGCCUGACAGCCAAGGGACAGACUUCCAGUCAUGCCAUCGAACAGACUCGCUACCGAGUCCGUCUCUCCAACACCGCUCCAGUUCUCCACGAGGGUUUCCAGAGGAACCCGGACAACACAAACAGCUACGAGGAGGAGAUUGAGGAGAAGCUGCCCGAUGGUACCAUCACUAGAUGGAAGACUAUCAUCACCAAUGGGGUCAUCGAGAACGACGCUCAGCUUGAGGAGAUCACUCGGCGGUUUGGUGUGGACUUUUCCCAUCAUCCCGGCGGAACUCUGGCAGAUCCAGACUAUGAUAGUGACUAAUGUCACUACAGGAUUUGUACAGGGUUUGGACAAAUGUGAGAAAUAGUUUCCAAAUCUUGCUAGUCAGUGCGGGCUAGCUAUGCCUGAAAGUUACUAGCCACAACAUUAUUCACAAGCCCGAAAUCUGAAUAUAGCAACUAGGCCAAAGGUUACAAAAAUACAUGAGAAUAAGAUAUUGUCGACAAGACACAGGCUUCAU